AUUUAUUUAUAUAUUUAUAAUAAUUAUUCAUAAAAACAUGAGUGUCAGUGAAUUAGAUGAUAUAAUGGCCCACAUUAUUAGUGCCGGGGACGGUCUCUUGGAAAUAUCAAAUGACUGUUUAAGGAAAAUUAUUCGAACAGAACCAAUAUCAGACGUUUAUCAUGUGGAACAAACACCAUUUGCAAGAGGUAAAUUUGCUGCAGUCCGCAAAGUACGUCAUCUUGCAACUGGUAUUGAAUAUGCUGCAAAGUUCAUAAGAAAGAGACGCCGUGCUCAGGACACAAGUCGUGAAAUAGGUCACGAAGUAGCUGUUUUGUUGCAAUGCUCUAGAAGUCCCCGUGUUGUUAAACUUCAUGAAGUAUUUGAUACACGUACAGAAGUGGCACUUAUUCUAGAACUAGCUGCUGGUGGUGAAUUACAAGGAGUUUUAGAUACAGAAGAAUGCCUUCCCGAAGUGACUGCACGGCGAACAAUGCAACAAAUAUUAGAAGGACUUGCAGACUUACAUAAAAGAAAUAUAGCACAUCUGGAUUUGAAACCACAAAAUUUACUUCUUACAUCAAACUAUCCAUCACAAGAUGCCGAAGUAAAAUUAUGUGAUUUUGGUAUAUCCCGUGUUAUAAAACCGGGUGUGGAAGUGCGAGAAAUUUUAGGAACACCUGACUAUGUUGCUCCAGAAAUUUUAAGCUAUGAACCCAUUAGCUUAGCAACAGAUAUAUGGUCAGUUGGUGUAUUAGCAUACGUACUAUUAACCGGUUAUUCACCAUUUGGAGCUGAUACAAAGCAAGAGACCUAUUUGAAUAUAUCACAGUGUGAAUUAACUUUUCCUCCAGAAUUAUUCUCAGAUGUAUCAACUUCUGCACGAGAUUUUAUUAGACACACAUUAGUCUUAGAUCCAAGGAGACGACCGACAGCAUCAGAAUGUUUAGAACAUCCAUGGUUAAAUAGUAAACUACCUAUUUCCACAAUCCCAUUAUCUUAUGAAAUCAAUUUACAAAUAGAAGCUGAAGAAGAUACUUGUGACACAAUAACAAAUAACACUGUCGAAAAUAUUAAAUCAAACCAUACGACGACAGUAAAUGGAUAUAGUUAUGCCGAAGACAAAGUACAACCAUUAACACCAGUAUCACAACGAAAGUCCGCCACAUGUUUAUCUUGUGCACAAUGCGGUGCAACAUGUUGUCACAGUACUCAUAACGUAACAAAAUCAGUAAUCACUGUGGAUCGAGGAAUAUUAUGUUAGCAUAUGGAACGUUGGAUGUGUUCCAUUUCGUAAUUAAUUAUUAUUUAAGACUGUGUUUGUUGUGUGUGAAACGUUCGAAUCAAUUGAAGAUUCAUCAAUUUAUUCAUUACAAAAAAAACAAGGAUGAUUCAAUUAUUCUUCUCUGUGUGUACCAAGUGCCUAACAACAUUUUCAUCUCUUAAAAAAAAAAAUUGUGAUCAAUAUUACGAAUUUCGUAGUAAAAUCAAAUAUAUCACUUCGAAAAAUUUAGUUAGCUAGUCAGCUCUACAAAAAUUGGUGCUUUUAACUUAAACAAAGAGGAUAAAAAUAGUACAAUCGUUUGUUGUCGCUGGCCGAUAUGCUAAAAUAAAAAUAAUUAUAUGAGAAGUACGCACAAAAAAUAUAAUAUGUACUCUGUGUUCAUUGAAAUAUAAGUAUAUGAAAAUAGUUUUAAUUCGUAUUUGAUUCCCCUCGUUUUCCAGUGUAACAAUUAUUCAUUGGGGUUGUUACUUAUAGCUUUAAAAUUUUGAAAAAUUAUAUCAAAACGUACUUCUUUCCACAAUUUUUACUCGUUCAUAUUUCAUUUUGAACAUGUAAAAUAUGUUUUAAAUAUGAACACAGCCUUAAGAAUGAUAUAAAAAUAGGAGAAGUCGAUCGUAUUAAUCCCUUCUUGAUAACAAAUUUUAUUUAAUCAGUAUACAAAUUUUAUAACUGAAAUAGAAUAUUGAAAAAGGGCCAAUUCCGAUACAUAAUUUUUGUUUAUAUAUUUUCUCUUUUAAACAUUUAUUUUAAAAAAAUUGGCAAAAGAUAUUUAUUUCAUCCAUAAAGCUUUUAAGUCGCCCGUAUUUUAAUCGUAUUUGCGUUACAAUAUCUUAAAUUUCUACUAUUUAUAAAGAAAGAGGGUUUGUUUUUACUC